CGAGUCUGCCGGCACAACAAGUCUAAAACUUCUCUCUCUAACUGGAUCUACUUUUUGCUUUUGGAUGAUUCAGAUGUUGAGGAGUAAAGACAUUCCUACCUCUGGGCAGGGGUCUGGGGUUUUUCCUUUAACAGAGUGAGAAGAGGAGGAUAGCAGCAGUUUUCCCCUCAUCUUUAAGCCUCUGCUGGAGUUUCUUUGGUGGAAGAAUGGGGGCUGGAGCUAUGACCAUCUGUCACAACCAGGCCGCGGUGUUGGUCAAAGAAGACAUGAAGAAGAUGGUCCAGAUACCCAUGCUGAGAUCCAGAGCUGUGGCAGCCAAAAACAGCAAGAUAUUUGGAGUGUCCCUGCUGGAGCUGAGGGAGCAGGGCCUGGUGGAGGAUGGAGUGCCUCUGGUGGUGCAGAGGAUGGUGGAGCAUCUCAGCAAGCACGCUCUGCAUCAGGAAGGUCUGUUCAGAGUAAAUGGGAACGUUCGCGCUGUGGAAACCCUGAAGCUGCGACUGGAGAGCGGCGACGACAAGGACUUGUUCUCGGAGUCGGAUCUGUGCACCGUGUCCAGUCUCCUCAAACGCUACCUCAGAGAUCUGCCUGAAGGCCUGGUCAACCUGACUGUGCAGCAGAAACUGAUACAGCACUAUCACGACAGCGGAGAUGCUGUUUCCUGGUGGGUUAUUAAAGACCUGCUCCGCCAGCUGCCAGAUGUUCACCACAGCCUCUUGCGCUACCUCUGCAACUUCCUGACUCUGGUGGAGAGGAACCACAAAGAAAACCGCAUGACGGCCCACAACCUCGCUACCGUGUUUGGACCCAGUGUCUUUAAAGUUGUUCCCAGUUUUGAAGCCGUGAAGGAUCAAAAUAUUUGCAAUAAGAUCAUGGUCCAACUCAUCCAGAACUACAGCUGCAUCUUUGAGGCCAGGAACCACAAAGCGGACCACACAGAUGAGCUCUCUACACUCAGACUGGUCAAGACUGAGCUAAAAGAAGAAGACAGGCCCAGCUGCGACAGUCCAGCCCCGCACAUCGAAAAUGACCUUAAUUCACUUGAAGACAUGCAACAUCUGAACAAAAGCUGCAACAAAACUCCAAAAUCAAAGAAGACAAAGGUUAGAAAGGGGAGGAACAACGGCAUGCCUCAAGUAGCUUGUCAGCCCAGACUUGUGUCGCCCAGCACAAGGUCCUUCUCCAUACCAAUAGUUUUACCACUGACCUCAGAGCUGAGGAGUCCAAGCCCGGAGGUGAUGAACACAUCCCCUCUACCAGAACUGGACACUUUGAGAACUGCUUCCCCGCAUGUUGAUUUUAGCCUUUCUGGCAGCACGGAGGGUCUCAGCAGCUCCCAGGAUGAAGACAAACCAGCAUCCCCGUUCUACAUGAGUAACCACCUCUGCCCUGUCCACUGCAGACCAGAUGUGGUGAGGCGUUUUCUGGAUCAGACCAUAAGCUCCGCAGUAGAGCAGCACCUCUUUGACAUAAACCCCUCAGCAGAGCAGCAUUCAGAAACUUGUGGCUUGACUCCACGUCAUUCAAGCCCGAAGGGAACGCCAACUGCUCGACAGAGACGUCGACAGCAGAGGGAGCAGCAGGGGGAGGGCCUCCGACAAAGAAACCGAGCUGCAUCCACCUGGGCCGACACCAACAAGGAGAACAUCCCAACGAGCGGCGGCAGCAGUUCAGGGAGCGCAGGGGAGGAAACGGGCAGCAGCGUGGACUCGUUAGAAGACCAGAGCGGUCGUGCUGAACAGACCUCCAAACCUAGGAAGUCCAAACACUGCCCAACUCUAGUGCAACUCACUGACAACCAGGCCGCCCACACAUUUAAAGCAUGUGUUGGUGAAAGACCUGGAGAAAACCACAUGGACCCACUUGAUAAAGGAAAUGAAAUUUUAAGAAGAGAUGGACCUGGAUCCGCCUCCCAGACGUUAAGGAUGAAGAUCCAGGAAUCGCCCGUCGCUUGUGACGCGGGGAGGAUCGGAGAUGGGGAGGUGCGCGCUUCGGAACCGGACCGAGAGGACGUGCCCAGGCUGGACCUGACAGCUCUGACCGAGGACAGCAGCUGGGGAGAGUUCCUUUUUCCUAACUUCUGUUUCCUCGAUUUCAAAAGCAUUUUCCAUCCUGGUUGUUGUGAUGAGCCAAUCCCGGCAAGCCCACUGCAAAGGGAGAGCAUGGACCGCGAGGAAGCUCGGCUAUCCCCCCACGCAGGGGGACGUCUGAUCCGCCAACUGCUGGAGGAGGACAGUGACCCGAUGGUGUCCCCCCGUUUCUACGCCUAUGGACACAGCCAGCAGUAUUUGGAUGACACGGAGGUGCCUCCUUCACCACCGAAUGCUCACUCCUUCAUCAGCCGCAGACGAAGUUCAUCUCUUGGCUCCUGUGACGAUGAGAAAGAGGAGCUGACCUCCGCCCAGCUUACAAAGAGGAUUCAUGUUCUGAAGAAAAAGAUCCAGAGGUUUGAAGAGAAGUUUCAAGAUGACAGGAAAUACAGGCCCUCCCACAGUGAUAAAGUUGCAAACCCAGAAGUGCUGAGAUGGCUCAACGAACUGGCCAGGCUUCGAAAAGAGCUAAAAGAACGCAAGCUGUUGAUGUCCGAGGAGGACCUACCCCCUGUGACCCGUCAGCGCAGCAACACACUGCCCAAAAGCUUUGGCUCCCAGCUGGACAAGAAGCCCCAGCAGGAGAAAGCGCCCCAGCCUCCAGUGGAGAGCACUCUGGAGUCCAUCUUGAAGAAGCUGCAGGAGAAGAGGGAGCAGAUGAACCGCCCCGAGGACAUUAAGGAUAUGACACGAGAACAAAUUGGAGCAGAGAAAGUUGCUCUGCAGAAGGGUCUUCUCCAAUUUGAGAGCAUCCACGGCCGGCCUGUGACCAAGAACGAGAGGCAAAUCAUGAAACCGUUGUACGACAGAUAUCGCCUGGUGAAGCAGAUCCUCUGCAGAGCCUCCACCAUCCCUGUCAUAGGCUCCCCCUCCAGCAAGCGCCGAGGGCCCCUCCUUCAGCCAAUAAUCGAGGGUGAAACUGCACUCUUCUUCGACGAUAUCAAGGAGGAGGAGGACGGCUCGGAGGACGAUGGAGACACAAAGACUCAUUUCACAGAGAACAUUCAGCCCGAGCUCAGUGUUUUCAGCUUCAUGGAUGAGGAAGUGGAUGGUUUCAUUUCUCCUGUGGAUGAACUUUCACCCUCAAAAACCACAGCAGACAUGGGGCUGUCCAACCUGCACUCGGCCACCAUGCAGGAACUCGUGGAGCAGCUUCAAGAGACAAGAGAGGAAAAGAAGAGGAUCCGCAAGAACCUAAAAGAGUUUGAGGACCAAUUCUUCAGACAAAACGGAAGAACUGUCCAGAAGGAGGACCGCUCCCCGCUUGCAGACGAGUACCACGAAUACAAACAUGUGAAAGCCAAACUGCGACUGCUGGAAGUCCUCAUCAGCAAAAGAGACUCAACUAAGUUCAUCUGAGACAAUAUAGAUUCAAAUAAAAUUUACCAGGACUGGUGCUCAGUUUCUUGUGAAAAAACACAUCUCACUCUGUUGGAAUAUACUGGGAACAACGCGAUGCUCUGGGAAAACACAAAGCCAAGCCAGACGUUCUUCUCCAUCUCACCUCAACUUUGAAGCAAGAACUUUCUUCACACAAAGCAGCACACGCACAAAUAAACUUGCAUCACUGAUCAUUUAUUUCUAUCAAUUUGAUAGUUUUAAAAGAAUUGUUAUGUUAAACUGUAGAAAUCCUUAAAGUAAAAUCCUAAUAUUAUUUAGAAAAAAAAAAAAUGUCAUCAAACUGUUGCUAUUUUUGAAGGAUUUUGUGAUGAAGAUGUGUAUUUAUGCUGUUUUUCUAAGGGAGAUGUUAUUGUUUGUAUCAGUUUUCACCAGAUGAAUAGCUUCUGUUAUUUCAGUUUUGCCCUCCAUGUACUGUCUGAAAUAAUAUUUUUAUUCUGCUUCUGUAGAAGUUUAAUCAAGUACUUGCUCACUAACAGAAACGGAUUUCUCUUUCACUACAACCCAUAAAUGGCGGCUCAGAGUAUAGGAAAUGAUCACAGUCAAUCAAACUUCUCAAUUUUGUGACCACUUCAGCAGCGUUUGGCAGGAUAUUGUUUAUAUGCUUUUUAAUUUAUGUCACAUAAGCUGGUCUGGAAAUCACUGUUUGGUGUUUUCACACACUGUUCAAAGCAGACAAGGCCAGGUGAGUGUGCAGGACAGAACAUGGCUGCCUGUUUGUUUCUCUGUAAAUAUGGAUCACUAAGUAUGUUUACAUUUCUGUGAGCGAGUACUUUUCUCCUUUCUUUCUCCAAAAUGGAUGAUUACUUGUGUGAAUUUUGUUUUCACUUAGUGUAAACACUGGCCAGGCUUAACGAAUCUUGAGUGUGUACAUUUUAGUACAUAAAAUUGUAUUUUGUAUAUAAUAUGGAUUAAAUCAUAUUUUUAUUGACA